AUGCCCCAAGUCCAAGGCUGGACUGCAGGCCCUGGUACAAGAGGGACCCUCGAUAUACUGUGGACAUGUCUUUCGACACUCGCUCUAUGUGUAUGGACUGCGAUCCAUCCAAAUAUUCCGGUAAAACAUAAGCUCUGGCCGACGCUGCUCGAGCGCUUGGGGCUAAUGGCGCUGGCCAUCAUCUUCCCGGAGAUUAUCAUUACUUCCGCAUGGGGUGAGAGAAGACGCGCGAAAGCCCUACUUAGUGAUGUGAACCGGCCCCUGGGGCAGAUGGCAAAGAGGUCUACAUCAGAGCUUACUCCCCCACUUCAGCUGAAGCAUUCCUUGUCAUGGAAAAAGCCCAAUUCGGAAACUGGGAAUCAAGAUCAUUUACUACUCCCAACAAAUUCCGAAUCAGCCUCUGUGGAACCUUUGACUCCUUCCUCUGUAGUUCGCCAUCCCCAAGUAGCAACAAGCCCUUGGUUCCUCGAUCAGGCAAUGUUUGCUGUCAUGGGCGGUUUUGCUAUUGAAACUCACUAUCUUGGAACUACGGGUGAAAAGUGUACCAUUCGCCGUCUGCUUACAGCGGAAGGAGUAUUGAUACUAUCCCAAACAGGUCAUCUUUCUGUCCUUAGCCGAGAAGAGAUUGCAGAACGGAGUAAAGCAGAUAUAUUCGCUAAAAGCAUUGUAGUUGGCCAGAUUGUCUGGUUUGCCCUACAGGUGCUGGGAAGAUUGUGUGAGGGCUUGCCCGUAACUCCGUUGGAGACGCAUACAGCUAUUCAUGUCGGAUGCGCGAUCCUGGUAUAUGCCAUUUGGGUCAACAAGCCUUAUAAUUUGCUACAGUCAGUUCUUAUCACUGGGCCAGAUAUGGAUUCUAUCGGUGCGUUCUUUAAUUUCUCCGAUAUCUGUCGUGACGUUUAUCAGAAAGAGUGCUACCGGUACGAAGUUCAUAGAAUGGAGUACUGGAAGGAGCGUGUUAUACAAGCGUCACGGGGAGUUUCGUCUUUCGAUCCGCCGCCUAAACCACCUCUGUUGAAACCUGUUGAUCAACUGCUCGACGAUUAUCAGUCAAGGGCGACACAUAAUUCCGCCAAGCGAUAUGACGAAGAGGAGAUCCUGUGCGCCAUUGCGCAAGACGCUCGCCAAGGACUCAAUCUCUUAGAAAGUCAAGGGUGUAACACGCUUCGGGGAAUCCAACCCAGCCAUCGGAGGCUGCUUCGUGAAACCUCCGAAAACUUUACCAUCAGGGCCGUAUGGGGCGGCUGGAGUACUGACUUUGGACAUGAGCCCUCCCCUGAGAAAGGUAUUCAUGUUAUCUUCAAUGUCUUAUAUGGAGGCUGCCACCUCGCUGCCUGGGCUUCAGAUUUUCCAACCACCUUAGAGCGUUGGCUGUGGAGGGGAUCGGCUCUUUUCCUUACCACAGUUCCUGUCUGGGGUGCACUGUGGAUCCUAUGGUGGAAAGGUGUUCGCUCUCAAUCCAAAGCCCUGUACCUGAUUCGAAAUGGUGACUUAGAUAUCGUUGCUGCACCCAUCUUCUUCCUAGUCUUGAACAACCACGAGGCAGUUGAGAGACUUAUGAUUUCAGUGCCCAGAAUUGAUCCUCAUGUUAUAGGUGGGAUGUUCGACAGGAGCCCUUUGUAUUAUGCAGCGGUAAAGGGCUAUGAAGUGGCCGCCAAGUUGUUGAUUACAAUUCCUGGCAUUGAUUUGGAUAUCAGGGAUCGCUUCCGUCAUCCGCCAAUAUUCGUAGCCAAGUCCGUGAGCAAUGUUGCGACCACUCGAAUUCUGCUAGAAUUUGGAGGCAAUGAUUACAAUGCAGACCUCUUAGUUCGCGCAUUACCGGUUGUCACAAGAGGUGGGUAUGAGGGAAUAGUGAAACUUUUGCUGAAGGGUUUGACCCUGGUGCUCGUGAUCGAUACAGCACGGCACUAG